AUGCCACUAGCCACUUUACGUGAACCCGCUAUCCCGCUGCUCUGCGGCCUCUUAGCCCUCUACGUUUUAAGGGUGAUCAUGACGUAUGCGAAGCUGAUGCGUUUCAGAGGACCAGCCUGGACGGGCAUCUCCAACUGGCCUCAUAGUAUAGCCAUGCUUCGGGGCAGUUGCCACGAGUUUUAUGCCCAGGCUAAUGAAAAAUAUGGUACAAGGACCUGGCAACCGUGUCUCCCGAUACUGACAGUUCUGAAUCGGGCCAGGCCCAAUCGCCCGAGUCGCCCCUCGAGUGCUCAUCACCUCGUCUCCGGAGGUUUGGAUGCACGUCAACAACAAGCCUGGCUACAAGCGCUCCGAUUGACGCCUGCUGACUCGGUCUUUGGUGCGAAGUAUUCGGGCAGGGAGAAUACUGACCUUGAAUUUUCUGUGGAUAAGCAACUGCAGAACCUCCUGGACCUCAUCCGCGCCAAAUAUGUCUCCUCCUGCGAGCAGGCUGUGCCGAUGAAUCUAGCAAAGAAGGUCCAGUACUUUACGCUCGACGUCAUCAGUAGCGUCGGCCUCGGCAAGGCAUUCGGUAUGCUGGAAGCUGACCGCGACGUCGAUCAAUACCUCCAAUCGAGCGAUGAAGGUCUCGCAAUCGGCAAUGCUGCCCUCGCGCUGGGCUUCAGCAACAUCAAUCAAGCGCCCUUCAUCGGCAAAUUCUUUGCACCCUCGCCCAAGGACAAUAACGGAUUUGGGAGGUUGAUGACCACAUGCUUCCGCUUUGUCGACGAGCGCGCCGCGAGCGCUACCGAUAAACGGUCCGACAUGCUGGCCUCUUUCAUACGCCACGGCUUGUCAGGCGAGGAACUGCGUACUGAGGCGUUAGAGCAGAUACUCGCGGGCUCCGACACCACUGCCGGCGCCAUUCGUGGCACGCUGCUGCACCUCAUGACAAAUCCCCGGGUUUACGUCAAGUUGCAACGGGAGAUCGAUGAUGCCGUGCACCGGGGCCUUGCUCCGUCUGCUGGACAAGGCCUCAUUACCGCCGCGCAGGCUAAACAGCUUCCAUAUCUCCAAGCUGUUAUCCGCGAGGCGCUACGGGUCUGGCCACCUGUGUCGAACAUCUUCCCGCGCGAUGUGCCCAAAGACGGCGACACAGUCGUCGUCAAUGGCCAGUCCAUAUUUCUCCCUGGUGGUGUCUGCAUCGGGUACUCGGCAUAUGCCAUGCACCGCAGCGAGAAGAUAUACGGUAAGGACGCAAAGGCUUUUCGGCCGGAGCGGUGGCUUCUUGAACCAAACCCUACCAAGUUGGCUCUCAUGGUUCGGACCAACGACCUUAUCUUCGGGCACGGGAAGUUCCAGUGCUUAGGAAAACCAGUGGCCCAGGUUGAGAUUGGGAAGAUGAUAUUUGAGCUCCUGCGCAAUUUCGACUUGGCGCUUCUCAACCCGACUCAUCCCUGGGACGCGCGGAAUAAUCUGGGUCUUUUUACCAUCUCUAAUAUGUGGGUGCAAGUGACGGAACGAACGGCUGGUUUGCUGUGACCUUUAAUACUGAACCCCGCGAACGCAAAGGAACUAUUGGCGAGAAGCUGCCAUGUUACACUGUAGGGGAAUGUUUUAACCGCCACACAUUAAAGCAAUCGUCAGAACUAUCAUCAUAUAAAUCAG